AUGUCGCCGCCGCGUCAGCGCGCUGACCCGUCGCCCUCGCCCUCUUCUCCGCCUCCCCUCCUCUCCCGCCUCCGCUCGGCUGCCUCCAGUUUCCUGGCGCGGCAGUACAGCACGAAGAAGGGAGGCGACGGAACCGGUCCUCCGAAGCCGAAAGGUGGUGGCUCCUCCGCGCCAAGGCACCUCAGGCCAGGAUUCGUGGAUCCUUCAUCAUGGAGGCAUUUUGACUCAAGGGCUGUUGGCAUUAAACCAGAUGCUAUACAUACGGAUGCAUGGGCAGUUUUAAAAAAGCUCAGACGAGAAGGUUUUCAAGCUUACCUUGUUGGGGGGUGUGUGAGAGAUUUGCUACUCAAAAGGGUACCUAAAGAUUUUGACGUGAUUACCACUGCAAGUCUCGAACAGCUUAAGAAAAAUAUAUUCAGGCGAUCUAUGAUUGUAGGCAAACGCUUUCCAAUAUGUCUUCUUAAAAUGCGUGACUCUGUAAUUGAGAUUUCGAGCUUUCGAACAGUUGCUAAGUAUGGGAAUAGAAGUGAAGCGGUAGAUUAUGUGGAAGAGUUGAAUGGCUCUGAUGUUAGGGAUAUUCUUCGCUGGAAGGAUUCUAUGAGAAGAGACUUCACAAUAAAUGGUCUUUUCUUUAACCCGAUGAACUUCAAAAUUUAUGAUUACGUGAAUGGAGUAAGGGAUAUGAGAAAAAACAAAGUGUGUACAGUGAUUCCUGCUCAUAUUUCUUUCAUGGAGGACCCCGCAAGGAUUUUACGUGGCUUCAGAAUUGCUGCUCGCCUUGGUUUCCAGUUUUCCAGUGAAACUUCUAAUGCGAUACAUGAUCUUUCUUCGUCUAUAAUUAAUAUCGACAAGGCAAGGUUGAUGAUGGAAAUGAAUUAUAUAAUGUCUUAUGGGGCAGCAGCGCCUUCUGUUAGGUUGCUUAGAAAAUAUGGACUACUUGAUAUUUUACUGCCUUUCCAGGCAGCAUAUUUGUCUGAUCAGAUGAAGGGUGGUUCAAGUGACAGACAUCUGAUGCUCAUGAAACUACUGGCUAAUCUUGAUAGGUUACUCUCUGCAGACCGGCCAUGCCAUAGCUCUUUGUGGCUGGCGUUGUUGGUAUUUCACAGUACAUUGGUUAUAUCUCCACAAGACACGCUGGUAAUAAGAGCUUUUGCUGCAGUGUUGUAUUUCGGAACAUGGGAAACCACAGUCAAAUUUCUGGAAGAAGAAGUUGGACCUGAAGUUACAUUUGCCCCAGAGACAAUGGGGCCUUCUCGGACUAAACUGGAUGAUCUUAUGGAACAAACAUCACAUCUUGCAUCACUAGUCAAUUCUUCAGUGGAUACAUUGACAUGUGUACAUGGUCUGGAGCAAUCGCUAGCCAGAUUCUCCGAACCUCCGCAAUUUUCAGGAGUAGUACUCACAUCUAACAAUGAUAGGAAAAGGUUAUCAGUCAUAUUUGAGGGCCUUGCUUCUGACCUACCUUCAUAUGACGAGAGAAGAGGGAUGCGUGGGAUUGAUUACUGGUCACUGAAAGAUGGGGAUCCUGCCGAGGUCCGAUUUGUUCUCGGUAAAGUGAUCAUGGACACCAUGUAUGACAAGCUACCAUGUGAAUCUACUGAGGACGAGGACGCUGCUGCAACGGUAGAGCCAGCUGCUGAUCUUGCUGAUGGAAGAAGCCUACCUCCACUGUCCUCAUUGUUUUAA